GAUAGCAGGGGGACCCGAGGUGGCCGAGCGGAUAGCGGAAAAAUAUGGCUAUAGAAACAUGGGACAGAUUGGGGAUCUUAAAGACCACUAUCACUUUUUCCAUAGUCGGACCAUCAAGAGGUCAACCUUGUCCAGCCAUGGUCGCCAUAGUUUCAUCUCCAUGGAGCCCAAGGUGGAGUGGAUACAGCAGCAGGUGGUGAAGAGGAGGAUCAAGAGGGAUUACAAACCAUCCCCACCCCUUGCUCUAUCAAGCUCCGCCCACAGCAGUCUGGCCCAGAGCAACGUAUUCUAUAAUGACGCCAAGUGGAGCAGUAUGUGGUACAUUCACUGUAACGAUGACGUCCAUAACUGCCAGUCGGACAUGAACAUCAUGGGGGCGUGGAAGAGAGGCUACACAGGUAAAGACGUGGUGGUGACCAUACUAGAUGACGGCAUCGAGCGGAACCACCCAGACCUUUUUCAGAACUACGACCCUCAAGCCAGCUUUGAUGUCAACGGCAAUGAUAUGGAUCCCAUGCCUCGAUAUGAUGCAACAAACGAGAACAAACAUGGGACACGGUGUGCAGGUGAAGUUGCAGCAGCUGCAAACAAUUCCCAUUGCAUUGUGGGAAUUGCCUACAAUGCCAGAAUAGGGGGUGUGCGAAUGCUGGAUGGAGAUGUAACAGACAUGGUGGAGGCCAAGUCUCUGAGCCUUCAGCCGCAGCACAUCGACAUCUACAGUGCCAGCUGGGGACCUGAUGAUGAUGGAAAGACUGUGGAUGGACCAGCAUCUCUGGCCAGGCAGGCCUUCGAGAAUGGCAUCCGCAUGGGGAGGAAGGGCCGUGGUUCUAUCUUCGUAUGGGCUUCAGGCAACGGUGGCCGCAGCAGAGACCACUGCUCCUGUGAUGGCUACACCAACUCCAUCUACACCAUCUCCAUCUCCAGCACAGCAGAGAGUGGGCGCAAACCCUGGUACCUGGAGGAAUGCGCGUCCACGCUGACCACCACCUACAGCAGCGGGGAGAACUACGACCGAAAGAUUAUCACAACAGACCUGAGACAUCGGUGUACAGACAGCCACACAGGGACAUCAGCCUCCGCUCCCAUGGCUGCUGCCAUUGUUGCUUUGGCCCUAGAGGCAAAUCCUCUUCUAACAUGGAGGGAUGUACAGCACAUUAUUGUAAAGACCUCUAGAGCCGGGCAUCUCAGCGCUCCUGACUGGAAGACAAAUGCUGCUGGUUACAAUGUCAGCCACCUGUAUGGCUUUGGUCUGAUGGAUGCUGAGGCGAUGGUGAAGGAGGCAGAGCGAUGGAAGCAAGUCCCUGUUCAGCACAUCUGUGUAGAAAGCGCAGACCGACAAUACAGAACCAUCCGUCCAGAGCAUGUUGUUCGGUCAGUCUACAAGGCGACAGGAUGCACUGACAACCCCAACCACCAUGUGAUCUACCUGGAGCACGUGGUUGUACGUAUUACAAUCACACACCCUCGCCGUGGGGACCUGUCAAUCAACCUGACAUCACCCUCAGGGACCAAAUCUCAGCUGCUUGCCAACAGGUUGUUUGAUCACUCCAUGGAGGGUUUUAAGAACUGGGAGUUUAUGACCACCCACUGCUGGGGAGAGAAGGCAGCAGGCGACUGGGUCCUAGAGAUCUAUGACUCACCUUCUCAACUCCGCAGCCAGAAAGUACCUGGUAAGCUGAAGGAGUGGUCACUGGUGCUAUAUGGCACCUCCGUGCACCCAUACUCAUCUCUGCACAUCGAAAAACCUCGCUCCACAGAUGAUGAGUUCACUGAGGAGUACAAUGGCCCCUGUGACUCUGAAUGCAAUGAGAAUGGCUGUGAGGGACCUGGACCCCAUCACUGCAUUAACUGCCUCCACUACUUCCUCAAGUUCAAGAACAACACCAAGAUGUGUGUGUCUGAGUGCCCCAGUGGCUUUUUCCGCGACGAUAGGAAACGCUGCAAGAAGUGCUCCUCCUUGUGUGAGACCUGUAUUGGUAGCCGUAGUGACCAGUGCACCACAUGCAGGACUGGUUUCCACCUCAGCGAGGGCACAAACACGUGUGUCGCCAGCUGUGCCGAUGGCUUCUACCUCGACAAUGAUUCCAAUAUUUGCAGGAGAUGCCCUGAGAACUGUAAGAGGUGUACCACCUCCAAUAUCUGCACAGAAUGUAAACCUGGAACGAGUCUUCAGGGAAACAAGUGUCAGGUGACCUGUGAUGCAGGGGCUUACUACAAUGGCCACAGACGGACCUGUGAGCCAUGCCACAGGGCUUGUGCCACCUGCGCAGGCACAGGUAUAGAGGCAUGCACUAAGUGUGCAGACGGCUACUUGCUUGAGGACUGGCGGUGUGUAUCCACAUGCAGCGCUGGCUACUACCUGUCAGAGCAGACCUCAGACAACGGGCAGGUGCACAGGUCCUGUAAGAAGUGUGACCAUAGCUGCUACGAGUGCUUUGGGCCCGGUGAGAGGAACUGCAGCAGCUGUAACAAUGGUUACAAUCUGGAAGCAGGAGCCUGCAUGGUCAGCACCAUCUGCAAAGAUGCAAAUGAAGAAUCUUGGGCAGAAGGCAGUUUCUGCAUGCUAGUUAAAAAGAACAAUCUUUGUCAAAGGAAGGUGCUGCAGCAACUGUGCUGCAGAACUUGCUCGCAAAAGGGGUGACGGGACAUAUUCACUGCGCGUAAAGGGAGUAUGGGGGGGAGGGAUGUGGGGGCACAGGGGGCAGCCCUCGUUCUCAAACCCCCUUGCCCACUUAUUCACAGUCACAUAAUUUAUAAGAGAAUCUGUGCCUCUUAAAGGGACUGCAUCGGAGGUGCGAUGACAGGACUACAACAAACCUACCUUUUUUUCUGUACUGGGACACACACGUGGUCAGGGCAUACAAUGACUGGGACUUAUUUUAAGAACAAAUGAAAAAAGUGAAAACAAACAAAAGAAUAAAAGUGUCGGCAUUUUGUGACCAAAGCAUCGAUGCCAAAAUAAUUGAACCUACUUUUUUUUUUUUUUGUUGCCAGUGGAGGAAGUACAGCUAAAAACAGGAGCCACCCAGCCUGUGAAUCUAAAUGAGUCUGUGUGCAUUUGUAUUUUAGCUGCUCUUCCUCUUCUUUUUCCAGUGUUAAUGAUAAACAGAUGGAAAGUGAACAAACAGUAGGAAAGGCCCUGGUUUUCUGCCUGUAAAUAUAUGUCAAAGUAAAAAAAAUAAAAAAAGAGAGAGAGAAGAAGAAGCUCACUCAGUCAUGUGAAAGUAAUGUCUGUCUGGGCUGACUUUGGCUAUUUAAGGGAGUGAAGACAAAUUCACAUACACAGUGCAAAGAUGCUUUUGUACCACACAGACAUGAACUCAGACUCAUAAAUCAGCCGCCACUUGAAGUUGUAGGCACUACAGUGUCACCGUAUGCCAAGACUGAUGCACAUUACUGACCAAAAUCACCUCAUUUCUUUUAUUUAAAAACAUAAACUUGCCCUCUGAGUAGUGCGUGUUUGUCUUUAUUGGUGUGUGUAGAAGAAUGACAUUAAUUCUUGAUGUAAGCCCAGACAGCAUUGAUUCAUUCCAGAGGUACUACAAGACAUGUCGAUAGUCAUUCUGCCGGGAAGGAAACGCUGCAAUGUGGUAUAAUGAAUUAGUGGUGUGAGGGAUGCACCGAUGCCCAUUUUUCACUUACAUUGCAGAUUUUGGAAAAUAAACCUAUUGAUUCCAUCUAUUACUGUGGCGGAACAAUUUAAAGCUCUAUGAUUAUUUUGUUGCCACUGGCUAAAAUAACUGAAACGCAACUCAGAUUUGUUACAGGAAGCUUCAAGGCUUCUAUAUAUUGGCUAGAAUUUUUUUUUAUUUUUAUUUUUUUACAUGACAUAUACUGUACAACCCCCAUAAAAGAAAUUGGGUCUAAUAGUGAUAUUUUCUGUAUCGGUGCAUCCGUUUGUAACACUAUUCUCAAAUAAAAUUGGGUUUUAGAAGUUUCAACAAUUGGACAUUCCAUGACAGUAGCAUCUCAGCUGAACUACACUUUCAACACAAAGUCAGUGAUUGGCACAGAAAAUGUCAUUGUCAUGUUUCAUCUGCAGGUGAAGGUCUGUGACAGGCAGGCAGACUCUGGACCAUCUUCAAAAUUUCAAUGUAGAAACACAUUUGGCAGUAGAUAGGAAAAACUGGAAACCAGACACAAUGAGGCAAUGAAUUUUUUAAAAUGUGCAUUAUAUUUCUGAAAGCGAGCAAACAACAUCACUGAAAUGUUAGAAGUGUUGACUCAUAUAGAGCCAAAACUGUGCUCGUGUUAAGGACAGCAGACUUCAGUUGCCUGCUUUCUUUUCUUUUUUCUCUCCUGCCUGUUUCUGAACUUUACCUGAUGAAACUCAAAAGAUUAUUCUGGUCAUGCUGAUUUCUAAUAAACAGUAGCAGCAACAACAAUAAUAUUGUUUAAGAAUCUUAUUCUGUGUGGGUUUUCACACCUGCAGCUUGAGCAUUUACAGUAUUAGAUGAAUUGUUGUACUGUCACCUGGUUCUUGAUGAUUUGUAAUAAAGAUUGAUGAAUCCCCUAUUUUGGUUAACAAAACUUAUUCUUGGUCAUUGUUUAAGAUGACUUGACUUUAGAUUAUGUGGUAGUAGACACACACACACCUCAUAUAAAAGCUGUUUUUAUUGUGUACCUGUGACAUAUCUGUGACAAUGCCUUAUUAAUGUUACUCAGUGCUAGUU